AAACAGACAAAUGGAAAGUAGGACAGACAGACAACACAGAAGAGCCGGGUGAGUCAGUGUAGGGUAGACAGACAAAUGGACAGAGGGAAGGGAUGGGAAGAUGAGGCACAGACAGUCGCACAGUGGAGGCAAUGUGGCUGAGGACAGAUAGAGACAGACAAGGGGCAGACCGAUUGACAGAAGCGGGGAGUGCCAGAGGAGAGGAGCAGCCCGGUCCUCAGGUUCAGGUUGCUGCCUGGGGGACCGAGGGGGUUUCUUCUGGGCUUGGCCCUGCCCGGCCCACCCUGGGCUCGGCUGCUCCCUCCCUCUCCUGCCCUCUGGCGCCCCUGCGUAGGCACGGCUGCACUGGAGGAGGCUGCGGCGGGGGGAGGCGGAGCGCCUGGGCAGCCGGGCGGGCGGGCACGGCAGGCGCCGGAGGAUGCGGUCUCCAUGGGGCUGCUGUGGUUUCUCUCCUUCCUCCAUUCCACCUUCUUUGGAGACGAGGUGCUGGAGGAACUAAAGAUGUCAGGGCCAGGCCCAACCGCUUCCUAUGAGCAGCUGGUGCGGCAGGUAGAAGCCCUGAGCCGGGAAAACACUCACCUUCGGAGAGAACUCCAGGAUAACUCCAGUCACUUGUCAAAGCUGGAAAAUGAGACCUCUGACAUGAAGGAGGUGCUGAAGCACCUUCAGGGGAAGCUGGAGCAGGAAGCCAGAGCGAUGGUGUCAUCUGGGCGGACUGAGCUGUUGGAGCAACUGAAAGCCCUGCAGAUGGAUAUCACCAACCUGUACAACCUCAAGUUUCAGCCACCAGUUCUGGCUGCAGAGUCAGGCAUCCGGAGCCCCGAGGGCAGUCCCCUGCACUGUGCUGCCCCCACAGCCGCUGCUCCAGGGCUCUCCAAGAAGAGAGAAGAAUUGGGAGAAUUGAGCAGGGCCACUGUGCGGCUGCUGGAAGAACUAGACAAAGAGAGGUGCUUCCUGCUGGCAGAGAUUGAGAAGGAGGAACAAGAGAAACUCUGGUACUAUGCACAGCUCCAGGGCUUGUCCCAGAGGCUGGAUGAGCUGCCUCGGUCAGAAACGUUUUCCAUGCAGACAGACUUGAUUCGGCAGCAGCUGGAAUUCGAAGCUCAGCAUAUCCGAGCGCUGAUGGAAGAACGAUUCGGGACCUCAGAUGAGAUGGUGCAGAGGGCUCAGAUCCGAGCCUCUCGCCUGGAGCAGAUUGAGAAGGAGCUUGCAGAAGCCCAGGCUCAGACCCAGACUCGGGAGCGGGCGCAGCCACAGCCAGAGCACCAGACCCUCCUAGGAGCCAAGCCAACAGUAACAGAGGGUGAUGGGGACGCAGAAGUCCCCACACACCCAGAGGAUGGGAGCAGCCAACUCAGUAACAGCAAGGUGGAGGUGGUGUUCUGGUUACUGUCCAUGCUGGCCACGAGGGAUAAGGAGGACAUGGCGCGGACCCUCCUGGCCAUGUCGAGCUCCCAAGAGAGUUGUGUGGCCAUGCGCCGCUCGGGCUGCCUGCCGCUGCUGCUGCAGAUCCUCCAUGACGCCGACCGUGAGGCGGGCCCUGCCGAGGGGGCCAAGGAUGCCCGUAUGCGGGCCAAUGCGGCCCUACACAACAUCAUCUUCUCCCAGCCGGACGAGGGCCAGGCCAAGAAGGAGAUGCGAGUGCUGCAUGUGCUGGAGCAGAUCCGAUCCUACUCUGAGACCUGCUGGGACUGGCUUGGCAUGCAGGGCCAAGAUGGGGGCCAGGGCCCUGAGGGGGGUGCUGGGCCUGUACCUAUUGAGCCACAGAUCUGCCAGGCCACAUGUGCAGUGAUGAAACUCUCCUUUGAUGAGGAAUACCGCCGGGCCAUGAAUGAACUUGGUGGGCUGCAGGCUGUGGCCGAGUUGCUGCAGGUGGAUUAUGAGAUGCAUAAGAUGACCAAUGACCCCCUGAAUCUGGCCCUACGGCGAUACGCAGGCAUGGCCCUCACCAACCUCACCUUUGGCGAUGUCGUCAACAAGGCCACACUGUGUGCCCGGCGGGGCUGUAUGCAGGCCAUUGUGGCCCAGUUAGCCUCAGACAGUGAGGAACUCCACCAGGUGGUGUCCAGCAUCCUUCGUAACUUGUCCUGGAGGGCAGAUAUCAACAGCAAGAAGGUCCUUCGGGAGGUGGGCAGUAUGACUGGGCUCAUGCAGUGUGCCCUUCGAGCCACCAAGGAGUCCACGCUGAAGAGUGUCCUCAGUGCCCUAUGGAACCUGUCAGCUCACAGCACAGAGAACAAGGCCGCCAUAUGCUUAGUGGAUGGAGCCCUGGGCUUCCUGGUCAGCACCCUCACCUAUAAGUGCCAGAGCAACUCGCUAGCCAUCAUCGAGAGCGGAGGGGGCAUCCUCCGGAAUGUGUCCAGCCUCAUUGCCACCCGGGAGGAUUACAGGCAGGUGCUCCGGGACCACAACUGUCUUCAGACUCUCCUGCAGCACCUGAGGUCUCACAGCCUGACCAUCGUGAGUAACGCCUGUGGGACCUUGUGGAACCUGUCGGCCCGCAGUCCCCGCGACCAGGAGCUGCUCUGGGACCUGGGAGCCGUGAGCAUGCUUCGCAACCUGAUCCACUCCAAGCACAAGAUGAUAGCGAUGGGCAGCGCGGCGGCGCUGCGCAACCUGCUCACCCACCGGCCCCUCAAGUACAAGGACACGGCGGCCGUCAUCUCGCCGGGUUCCUGCAUGCCCAGUCUGUACGUGCGCAAGCAGAAGGCUCUGGAGGCCGAGCUGGACGCCAGGCACCUGGCCGAAGCCCUGGACACGAUGGAGAAGCAGAGCCUGAAGGGUCAGGCCGCCAAGAAGCCCCCGCUGCGCCACCUGGACAGCUUGGUCAAGGACUACGCCUCGGACUCCGGCUGUUUUGACGAUGAGGAUGUGCCGGCCUUGGCCCCCGGGGUGGAGGUGGGCAAUCCUUCUGUCCUCUCCAUGUUCCUGAACAGUUCCUUCCUGCAGGGCCAGGCCUUGCCCCGCAUGCCGGCCCCACGCCGAGGCCCGGAAGCCGAGAAGGAGGACGGCAGCAGCGGCAGGGGCAGCAUGGACGCCAAGAAGGGGGUGAUGGAUGGCACCGCGGCGGCAGCCGAGAAACUGGCCACCAAACUGUCGGUGGCUGUGGCCAAGAUUGACAAACUGGUGGAGGACAUCUCGGCCCUGCAUACGUCGUCGGAGGACAGCUUUAGCCUCAGCUCUGGCGACCACGGGCUCGAUUGGCCUUCGGGGCCCGGGGAGGUCCGGGAGGCCAGGGCCCAGUCUUGCUCCCCUUGCCGGCUGCCUGACGGGACGAGGAGGGAAGGGGUGGGGAGGGCCCACCCGCUCCUCAGGCUGAAGGCGGCCUACACCAGCCUGUCCAACGACAGCCUGAACAGCAGCAGCACCAGCGACGGCUACUGCCCCCGAGAACACAUGAAGCCCUCCCCCCGGGCCUCGUUCGCCGACUACCGAGAGGAGCUGCAGAGGUACCAGCAGCGCCCCAGUCGGCUGGACCUCAAGAACAUCGCGGCUGCCCAGCCAGACAGGAGAGAGCCGCCGUGUCAGGAGUCCGCCGCCCCACAGGGGCGAGAAGCCCAGGACGGGCUGCAGAAGUCGGCAGUGUACCCUGGAGAGUGGCCCAAAGACAGGGAGGGCAAGCUGGCCGCCGAUCCCCACGUGCACACCAUCAAACUGUCACCCUCCUAUCAGCACGUGCCUCUGCUGGAGGGCAUGGCCAAGGUCGGGGCCGUCCCCUUUCCCAGCAACGGGGCUGCUCCAACAGGCAGGAAGCAGGCCUGGCUGCCCACGGGGACCCUGAGAGGCCCCGAAGGGCUGAGCAAGAUACCUGAGAAGCUCCGGGCCGCCGCCCCACCGGCUCCGGCCACAGAGACCUUGCAGAAGUACUCGGUGGAGGACACGCCCAUCUGCUUCUCCCGCUGCAGCUCGCUGUCCUCGCUGUCCUCCGCAGACCACGGCAUGGAUGGGAGAAGCCGCAGUGAGGACAACGAGCUGGACAGUGACUCCUCCCUGGAGAUCCUCGAGGAGCCCGGGCCCGGGGAGGGAGAGGACGACGGCGUGGAGGACUGGAGGCCCCGGGGGACCGCCUCCCUGCCCGUGGCCAUCCCUGCCCCGCGGGGCGACCAGGCCUUCCUGUCCCAGGCCCAGGGGGCCGAGGGCGCCUCCCCCUCCCGACAAGAAGACAUGACUCCCUCCAGCUCCUCCGAGAACUACAUCCAGGAGACGCCCCUAGUCAUGAGCCGCUGCAGCUCCGUCAGCUCCCUGGGCAGCUUCGAGAGCCCCUCCAUCGCCAGCUCGAUCCAGAGCGACCCCUGCAGUGAGAUGGUGAGCGGCACCGUGAGCCCCAGCGAGCUUCCCGACAGCCCAGGGCAGACCAUGCCCCCCAGCCGAAGCAAGACCCCCCUUCCGGAACGCGAGACCAGCCAGUUCAACCUGCAGUGGGAGAACAACGUCAAGAAGUUCAUGGACAUCACGGACUUCAAAGAGCGCUUCCAGCUGCCCCCGGACCUCGACAGCACCAUCUACUUCACGGUGGAGAAGCCGGACGAGAACUUCUCGUGCGCCUCCAGCCUCAGCGCGCUACCCCUGCACGAGCACUACGUGCAGAAGGACGUGGAGCUCAAGCUUCUGCCCCCUUUCCCCGAGCGUGGAGGCGGACUCCACUUCGCGGGCCACGAAAAGCGCGAGGAGCCUGGGCGGGAGGAGCGGCCGGAUGGAGCCCGCGGGGGCCGGCCCCGGUUGGAGACCCAUUCGGAGGAUGACCUGGAGAUUCUGAAGGAGUGCAUCAGCUCCGCCAUGCCCUCCCGCUUCCGAAAGGUCAAGACGGCCCUGGUGCCGGGCCUGCCUCCAGGAAAGAAGGGCCUGCACGUGCCCGUCUACAUGCUGGUGCCUGCGCACGCCCACGCCAGCGUGGCAGCCAGGAGCCCUCGGCCUUCCCGCAGCCCGUACAAAGACGAGGAUUCCUUCACCGACUCAGCCGAAGGCACGCCAGUCAACUUCUCCAGCGCCACCUCACUCAGCGACGAGACCCUUCAGUAUCCGUCCAAGGACAGCCAGGGGCAGCGGGCUGAGAGGAGGGAGCCGAUCUCUCGGCGCGUCACCUCCAGUCAUUCUACGCCGACCAAGAUGGCGACUCCCUCCAAGCACCGGGCGGGAGGGGCAUACCUCCCACUAUCAGGCAGGGGCUCUCUCAAGAACCUGCCCAACCUAGAACUGACCGUCAGCCGGCCCCGGAGCGCCCACUCUGAGAGGGACAGCCGCUCCAGGGGGGACAGCACGCGUCCAAAUGGUGGUCACGGGGAUGUUGCCUUCCAGUCCCUAUGUCACACUACGCCCACUGAAGAGGCAGUUUACUGCUUCUACGAGAAUGAUUCAGAUGAUGCUCCUGAGGUCCCAGCCCGGAAAGCACCAGCAGGUGCCCACGCUCCAAAGAAGGAGCACCGGGUGGGCAAGAAAGAAACAGAGCCCAAGGCCAAAGUGGUGCCACCAUCCUCCAUGCGGCCCCGAGUGCCCACCAAAUCCCAGCACAAAAUGAUUGCGGAUGAGACGCCACCCUGCUACUCCUUAAGUUCUUCGGUGAGCUCGCUUAGUGACCUGGACCUUUCAGAUAGGGAUGCUGGGCAGCCACAUCGCAAAGGGAGCCUGUCCCACCUGCAGGCCCGCAAGCCGGCACAUACCAAGCCCCCGCCACCGGGUCCUGGUCGGGACAGUUCUCCCAGCUCCCCGAGCCUCAACUCGGAUGAAGAUCUGCUACAAAGGUGCAUUGGCUCAGCCAUGCCCAAGAGGCAGCGCCACGCAGCCCGGCACCGUAAAGCGGAACGCAAACCCAAGCCAGGAGUCCCCAAAGCAGCCGGCAGCAAGGAGCGAAAGGCCGAGCUACGGAGGGAGCUAGGUGAGGAGGUGGGCUCGGACCGAGCUUCGGACCUGGACAGUGUGGAGUGGCAGGCCAUUCAAGAUGGUGCCAAUUCCAUUGUGACAUGGCUGCACCAGGCGGCGGCGGCGGCAACAUCCUUUUCCAGGGAACCUUCGUCUGAGUCAGACUCUAUCCUCUCCUUUGUGUCUGGCCUGUCAGUGGGGUCCACCCUGCAGCUUACACUCGGAAGGGAAGAGCAGAAGCGAAGGGGGAAGGAGACUGGAGGAGAGGUGGAAAAGAAGGAACAAAAUAAGAUUGCUGAUGAAUGCAAGAAAGGAGGAGAGGCCCGGACCCUCAACCGCCGGAUGUCCCGGGGCCCAGAAAAGUCAACCAGUGCCCAGAAACCCGCGUCCAAUCUGCCAGCAGUGUUCCGCGGCCGAACAGUCAUCUACAUGCCCACCCUGGCCAAGGGCACCGCCAAGCCUCGAUCUCCCCCAAAGAAAACUGUGCCCAAGACUGAGCCCCCCGCCAAACCCCUCACUCUUAAUCAGCAGAGGUCCCGGAGCCUUCACCGGCCGGGGAAAAUCUCAGAAAUGGCCGAGCUGACCCUACCCAAGAGGAGUGCCACACCCCCUGCCCGCAUGGCUAAGACCCCCUCCUCGGGCUCUUCCCAAACCUCCACCCCAUCCCAGCCGACAUCCAAGAAGUCCCCGCCUUCUUCCCAGCUAAGCAAGCCAGUGCCGGCGACUGGGGGCAAAGCAGGCGCCAACAGCGUUCAGGCCAAGGCCCCGGUGAAGGCUCUCCUCUCCAGACAGCACAAGACCCAGAAAUCUCCUGUCCGGAUUCCCUUCAUGCAGAAGCCGGUGCGGAAGACGUUCCCAGUGAGGAACACCAUGCCCGCCCCAGAGGAGCGGGGCACUGGAGGAAAGGCAGGUGGCAGGCUCAACCUGGUCCGCGUGCCCUCGACCCGGUCCAGUGGCAGUGAGUCAGACCGCUCCGGCUUCCUUCGGCAGCUGACCUUCAUCAAGGAAUCUUCCAACCUCCUCCUGAGGCACCGCUCCGAGGCCCCCGCUCCCCUGUCGCAGAACAGCUCGCCGCGCCGAAGUCGGCCCGGCGUCCCAGCCGUCUUCCUCUGCUCUUCUCGCUGUGAGGAGCUCAAAGCGGCCAAAGCCGGGGCCCAGCCUAGUCCCAGAGCCUCGCCAGGGGAGCGCCUACCCCGCCGAACCAGCUCAGAGAGUCCUUCCCGCUUGCCGGUCAAGAUAGCUACGCCCCCGCCGGAACCAUUCAAACGCUAUUCCUCAUCCCCCCACAUCAACGUGGUCAAGAGGUCGGGCAGUCCAGCCCCGGCCCUUCCUCCGGGGGCCGAGACUGGGGGUGGGAGAAGGAGGAGUGAUGGGGAGGCCAAGCCUCUCCCCCAGAUAGGUGCAGGGGAGGGCCACGAAGCGCAGUCCACAGCCACCAAGGGCACGUGGCGGAGGAUUCGGGACGAAGAUAUACCGCACAUCCUGAAGAGCACACUCCCCUCCACUGCCCUGCCUCUUGUUGGCACGGUCCAGGAGGAGAGUCCAGGUCCCCAGCGGAAAACCAGUGAUGCCGUGGUCCAGACAGAAGAUUUCUCCGCCUCUAAAACCAACUCCAGCACCUCGCCAACCCUGGAGAACCGGGAGCCACCCAAGAAUGCAGCCAGCGGCCCAGUCAGCGGAGUGCAGGCCCCCUUCAUUGGCAGUGACGUGGACGGCCUGAGCACUAAGGUGGCCGCCGCUAUUUCCUUCGCCCAUGACGGGCUGACGACCCCAGCAGGAGGCUUCCCCUCCAGCAGACACAGCUCUCCUAGCCGGGCUGCUCGAGUGACCCCCUUCAAUUAUAUCCCCAGUCCCAUGGUGGUGCCAGCCGUGACCGACAAAGCUGUGGAAAAAGCUAGCAGCCUCCAGGGUGAAUAGAACCUCCUCUGGCCUCUUUCCACCUCUCCCUGUCUCGACCCCUCCAGUCCUAGCCUGCUUAGGCUUCCCUACACUAAGACCCUCAUGGCCACAAGCUGCACUCUUGUGGAAGAUGCCCGUGUACAAAGAACCAAGUUCAAGAAGCUGCUUUCUUAUUUCCUACUCAGCCAAGUACAAGAGAAAAUUAGCUUUCAAAGAUCAGAGGCUCAGACCUGGGCCCUGGCAGCAGGAUGGGGAUGGAGACUGGUGAAGGGUCCACUAACCAGUAAGACUCAGAACUGGAACUGCUGGUCUUAUGUGGGAUGAAGGUUUCCUCCUUCCUGUGUCUCUGGUCACAGCCCUGUUACCAGAAAACUUUCCUUCCUGGAAGGUGGAAAUAACGGAUGACUUUUCUUUUUUUUUUUUUUCUUUUGAGCAAGGUGGGGAAGAGUCCAAAGCUGGAUAUGGGAGGGCUCCCCCUUCUCCAACAUAAGGGGCCCUUCCCCCACCAUGAGGGAAGAGACUUUCCUUAGGAAGGAAUAGAUGGUAGGAGUAGGCUCGGGAGCUGGGGCAGGGAAGAAGAGACUAAUGCUUUGGAACCUAGGAAAGAACAAUGGGGGAAGGAAGUUGGAGGAGAGACCAGAAGGACCCCAGAGCUGGUGGGCCCAGGCAGAGAGGUCUCUUGGAGGAAAGCCCAGAAAGUGGGGCCCAGGAGCAUGCUGAAUGACCUUCUUCCUGACAAGGGACUGUUCAGCUGCCUGCUACUUUCUGGCACCUCAGCAGCUCUGUGCCCCAAACAGAACAGGACCCCUGGCUAGGACUGCUGCCUCCCCAUGCCCAAGUGAAAAGCCACCUUCUAGCCAAGCCUUAAUGCAGAUCUUUCUGCUGCAUGCUUUAUCCUGCAUACCCAGCACUAAUAACCAGUUAUAAACAUCAUAUAGAUGAAUUACAGCUUGUCAACUCCAUGGGAAGCCUAGAAAGGAGACUUCCAGAUAGGGGGAAGCCCUGGGGAGGGCCGGAGAGGGAGCAGGCAUGAAACCCACCAGAUGCAGAAGAGCUGUUGGUGGCAGGGCCAAAUGCCUGUAAUUAAUGCAACCCAGUAAUUCAGUAAUGACUAAUUUGCUGAAUUUUGUCUCUGUUAUGCCAACCAGCUUGGGGACAGGGCUGAGAGGGAUCUGAGACAAUGAGAGAACUGCACCUUAUUGAAUAGGGAAGGUAGAGGGUUACCCCCAGAAGCCCAGGGCAGACAUUGAUACCACUUGCUUGAUGUCUCUAGGUAGGCCUGACCAAUGAGAGCUGAAGGGGUUGACAGAUACAUAGUAGUCUUGUCACUCUGGCUUUGCUCUCCUUCUCCCUGGGCAGCUGCUUUUAGAAGAAGAAACCCCAGGUGACUCUUUCCUCUCCCUUAGCUAGUGUGGGCUCACCUCCAGAGUCAUGAGGUGACUGACAGAGGGAGGAUUGCAGUGUCACUCCCAAGAAGUCAAGACUUGAAGGUGCUUUCAGCAGGUGGAUGAUACUAUGAUCCAUGAGCAGUUGAAACAGAGUUUGAAGGCACUUCUUGAGGAGUGGGGGUAGGCGUAUCCUGAGCCAUCCAUAAUCUCUUGCCUAGUCCCCAACAUGGCCUAUUGCUGAGAUAGAUGGUUGGGUGAAGGAAAAUCCGUCUGCCUAGAAAACUAGCAGGACUGUCAAGCAUACUCCUUAGCACUCGAUUCAUGCCGACUGGUGAACUAACCAGCCACUGGGCCCUCUCAGAAACUGAAGCCACAGGAGGGACCAAAGAAUACAGGUAUGAAUGGCAGAAAAAGGAGAAACAGAGAGGAGAGAGAGGCCUGGAGAGGGAUCGGAAAGUGAGGGUCUAGUGAGUUGCUUCAAGGGCAAGCUUUUUCUCUUGUAAAACCGCACUUUAAAAGGAUUGUGGAGAGCAGAGCCAACUGCUCUUAUGUGAUAGUUUGGGGUAUAUGGGGGGGGUACGGAACCAUCUGUUUGGGAAUUUUUUUAACGACUUUUGGUGAAAAAUGUAAAACUGCAGGAGUUUCUCUGAGGGUUACUUUAGGGGAGGGGAUAACACCCCUUGAGGUUACCCAGUGUUUUCUCCAGGAAGUCAAAUCUAAGUUUCACAGAGGGAAACAACCUGCCUCCUGGAUUUUGGCCAAGCCAAGACUCUGGGAAGAAUGUAUUUGAUAAGGCCAGAGAAUUGAUUGGUUUCUGUUUGGCCCCAAAGGGCAGAUCUAAAAGACAUGUGGAAGGUGCAAAGAGGAAGAUUUUUAGUUUGGUGUGUAAAGAAGCAUUUCUUAACAUUUAGAACUGUCCAGAAGUGAAGUGACCUGCCUCAGAAGGCAGUGGGGUUUCCCAUCACUGAACUUCUUCAAGAAGAGGUUGGAUGACCACCUAUCAAGGAAGCAAAAGAGGAGAUUCCUUUUUAAGCUAUGGGUUAAACUAUAUCAAGUCUGAAGUUCUUUGUAGCUGAAAUUCUGUGAACAGAUGUGAAGGGUCAAACAAUUAGCAAGACUACUGAGGGAGUAAUCUCCCCAUGUGGCUAGCUUCAGUUUGCAACUAAGCUGAAGGUCCAGGAGUAGGGAGGGAAGAAAUCGGUAUCAGAGGUAUCAACCUGUACUGUGCCAUAUGAUGGAUGUGAGGAGGGUCAGAUGCAGGAGAGGGAAGAAGGCAGAGAAUGAAAGUGACAGAAGAUAUUUGGCUGAUUCUGCUAACUGAACUGUGGCUUUGUAUGGUGGUGACUCACCCAGUGGGAACUGGACUGAGGCCACAACUUAUUUCUUACAGAUGCCAUGGAACAGCUAACAAUCAGUGAACCCUGGCCCACAUUAACCAGGGGAUGAAUGAAUUCUUCUUGAGCCAGGGCAUACCACGUUCAUUCCUCUCUCUGUCUCCCUCCUCUUCGGCUUUGAAAAGACUUGAUCUGUCUGCUCAUUGUGUAUUCCAAAGAUAGGGCUUGUUGAAGAGACAACUUCAGAUAUUUCUGUCUAGAGCCCUGUUGGAAGGUCGAUUUGUCCUUAGACACUCAAGUUUAGUCUGUGAACUAGAGUGUUUCCAGUGAAAGUAUUUCCAUUGAAAAGAGCCAGUAACCUCUUUCCCAGUGGAAUCCAGAAACGGUUGCUCUUUGCAAAACUGUUUUCCAGCUGUUUUUGCAAAGAUCCACUCCUCAUGGAGUGCAGUGAAGGCUCCAUCUAUGUAAGACCCCAGGCAAGUUCCUUCCUGCCUCUUAGUUCCAGUUAUCUCUGUAAAAAGGAGGUUUGGAAUGUGAUUUCUAGGGUUCUUUCUAGCUUGAAUGUUUUGUGAUUCUGGGAAAAAAAGAAUACAUUGAGCAAGUAGAUCGAUAAGCAUUAGGCAAGUAGUAAGGCAUAUGAAUUCAAAUAAUUCUAUUAACUCUGAUCCUAUGGGAGAAGGUAAGCAGCCUCCCACUGCACUUGAUCAGUAUCAGGUCCUUAUUUGCCAAGUCUACAAAAGGAAGAUUUAAAUUCAGAAGCCUGGAAAACUCAUCUCACUACCCUUUCUUGCUGACACCUCUUCAGUCAUCUCAUAUAGCAGGCCGCUCAGCCAAAUUCACUCAUGGCCACCAUUUCAAGGGACUAUAUGACAAAAUCAAUUGCUGGGAGUCUUGGGACUGUACUUAAAAAGCCAUCUCCCAGCCUGCAGCUAAUCAUAUUUGGGGGUACAUCUCCAGCACCUCAUAUGGGGAGUUGAGUCCAUGUUCUCUUUUGCCAGGAAGGCUCGUAAGGGAGGAGCCAACUCUAAAAGGCUGUAAUAGACCCAGGGUUAACCCAAUUCACAUGGAUUUGUGGGGUAGCUCCCACUGGAGAUUUUUUUCCCCAGUGCCAAUAUUGCAAAGAGACCUGACAUAUGUAUCUGCAACCUCCAUCUGGAAUUGGAACCAAAAUACAAGGAGUGAUUCCAUCCUCAUUUUCUUUUCACGCAACACUGGAUGCUUCAGCCUUGUAGAAAUAAGAGGAGGAGAAGAUACUUCCACAGGGAUCCUCCAAGUUUGGCCCCUGAAAUUAGGGGUUGUCCUCCAAUGAUGCUUCCAGUUUUGUGUCUCCAUUUUAACAGAAAGAAUAUGGUGAAGGGACAGGCUUAUUUUCCAUUCAGCAAGGACAAGACAGCUCGGGGUAUAGAACCUGUCCUACCCAAUCUGUAGCCAGGGAUUAAAGCAAGUAUGGUGGAGAGAGGAUGCCUGGUUUUAGUGAAUGUUAGAGCUAAUGUUCAUCUGACCAUCUGACACUUGCCUGUUAUUGGACGUAACAUUCAAGUAUAAGAGGUGUCUGAGAGUGAAAAUGUCCUGGAAAGUUGUCAGACUGAUAAAGGUGGAGAGACUCUGUUAUCAGUCUAACAGGCAAAUUCAGGAUGGGAAAGACAUGGAAUCUCGGGUGCUCACAGCAGGGGCAGUUAACCCAACCCGCAAACUUUUGUGCUCCUAGAAAAGACAUUUAGAGGUUCUGGAGGAGGGGCCUCAGCCCAGAGGUCAGAGCUGUGCCCAGCCCCCACCACCGACUCACUGGGUGAUCUGGGCAGGUUGCUUCACCGCUCUGUGCCUGUUUCCCCCACCUGUGAAACGGGGAGAACCUCUGCCAGAUCUACCUCCUAAGGGAGUGAGGGUUGGCUGAUCUAAAGGACACAGUGCUGGGAGAUCUACACAAGGAUGGUGUUAUUCCAUUGUGGAAUUGGUGCUACACUUCAGGGCCUGCAUCGGGUUCUAACUCUUCUGAGCAAAGGCUUAGGAACCUUCUGCUUCCUAUCAUUUGUGCUAACUUGUCCAAGGAGCUGCACCGAAGCCAGUCCGGACAGAGUCCCUCCCUUCCCAGUCUCAGGGGCUUGGUGACCAACCUGAAACUCCAGGCACUCAUGGAAACAAUCGGGUGAAUCCAGACAAUUCAGCAUGUCUUUGGAGGGAGCAUGUUGAGAUCUAAGAGUAGGCACUGCUCCCUCACCGGGGCCAGAGGAAAUAGUUUCCUUAGUUUCUGUGUUCAAUCAACACUUAUGUGACCUACGGAGGCAGGUGCCAAAAAUGGGGCUGAAGCUUUGAGAGUAGCUGGACAGCCAGGCCCCACCACCAAGUUAGUGGUCUGCUCCACCCAGCCCCGAGACUUUGCCAAGGACAGUGACAGAGUCAGGUGCCUGCCCUCCAUCGCCCUCAUCCUUUCACACCACAUCAGCUUUGUUCAUGCCAUCCUCCAGCCAGUGGGGGUAGGGGUAGGGUGGGGAGUGUCACAGACAUACUAUGGUUUCCUGGGAUAGAGAAGGGGACAGUUUGUGGUAACUGAACAAUUGAUAUUCAUACACCCGUCAACUGGGGGCAGAGGAACCAAAUUGUCACAUACCAAACACAACUAUCACUUAAAGCCUUUAUCCCAUCAUUGGGAUGCUAUCUGUACCACUCAGCUGUUAACCUGGUCUGCUCCUUUACGCUCUCAGUGUGAGAGUAGAUAUGUGUGUGUCCCUGCUUAAGCACUGCUGUAACCAAAGCAUUUGAACUGAGGACUCAGAGGGGAAGGAGUCCCGCAUCAGCAAAAGUGAUCGAUUCCAUUGGGCAAGUCAUCACCAAAAUUCAACACUUCUAUGUUCCUGUUGGUGGAGUAACCAACCCAAAGGGCGAAGGACUUAACCUUUUGGGAGAAAUGACCCCUGGGGUGACCAAGAUGGAGACCUAACAUAAGCCUGCUAUUUCAACAGCUGCUCAGAAGCUGGUGUGUUAUGCUAACUGACAGGACUGUCUAAUCAGCAAAGUUUAAAGAAAAGCCCCAGCCCAACCCAUUCCCAGCAGGGUACUGGAUUUAGGACAACACACAUAUAUCUUCCUGAAGCAACGGGAGCAGACAGCAUUACCUCACACCUCUAAUCCGUCACCAAGUCCAUUCAAUGCAUACCACUCCACUUCUUCACCACAGGCCCUAGUUCUGUUCUCAUCCAGUUCGUGUGAUACUCCCUUUCAGCCCCCAGAAGGAAGCUGCCUUUGCCCACCUAAUUCAACUGGUUUCCAACCCAUCCUCUCCAGCCUACUCACUUCCUGCUCCCCUCACCUCCCUACCAUCUGUACUGAGGGUCGUUUUACUGGGACUCUGGACAGUAUUAAAAUGAAUCGUGUAAAUAUGUGUCCCCUCCCCACCCCUUCCUUUUUUUUCUUUCCACUAAAAUAAAACAGAGCCAUUUGUCUGGUUGAAAGCUGACAGGCAAUUGACUUGUAGGGCACCUUUAGCAUCUUCAUGUAAUAAACUAAGCUGUUGAAUUGCC